UCCGUCGACAACAUCCAUGUUCUCUUCAUUGCCUGAGCGCAAUCGCCAGCGAUACUUCGUGGUCUUUGGGACGAUAAAAUUUCCGUAAUCGCCCAACGGAAAAUGUCUGACCGCGGGGCUAGAGGCGGCCGCAAAACUCGAGGAACACGGGGAACACGAGGAACACGCGGAGGUCGCGGCCGUGGUCGUGGUGCUGCUUCUCAGCCACAAGCGGAAUCGCCUCUUAGUACCACCACUGCGAUCUCUCCGAUCCAGUCGUUCAAAAGCGCUCUUGGAUCGCACGAACAAAAUCAAGAUAUUAUCGUCGUGCGAUUCGCAGUGGACGAUCUUGUCCUCUUCUGGCCAGCAAGCGAUGAACGCUUUAAAGCCACUCCGGGCAACAUGUAUAAGUUCCCGUUUCGCCCCGGAACUCAUCUGCAGGCUGAACAUACGUCAGUUUUUUACGAUGCCAGCGUCCUGUACAUCACAAACAACCAAGAAGACGCAGACGAGCAAGUUCAGUUUAUUCAGCAACAGGAUCAGCUUCAGAAAAAAGGUUCAGCAGUAGAAAAUGCGAACUCGCAAAAGAAGGCCCAGAAGCUAUUGUCAGCGGAUCUUCAGAAUGUGUCAAACGUUAUCGUUCUUGACGAUGAUAUUGCCGAUCCUUCUGCUGAUUACGAUCCAGAAACCGCGGACACUCACUCGGUUGAAGCUGCUGAGGAGAUUGAGGAGACGGACAAUGUCGAUCAUGCUGAUAAGGAUAUGGCACCUGCGGCGCCCCAAGCGACUUCGCUCAUGGCAAAUGCACUCGUUCCAUCGGCGUCCCAUGCAGGUGCGGAAAAGAAACCAACCAAUGCGCCGAGAGUGUAUCCACCCUCAAAAAGUGCAUUUAGUGGCAACAAUUUAACUCCAAUGAGUUUACUGAAGGAAAAAGCGAUGACGCGUCCGCUCUCUUCGUCCAAUCAGCUUAGCGGUGGACGCGUUUUCGCCUCCGGUGUCGCGGUCCCUCCGCCUUCACCAUCUAAGCGCGCUGCUGGACAAAGCGACACUGCAGAUUCCGAUGACAGUCGACAAACCAACAGUGGCCAACCUGUAAACGCGAAAUCGCAACGAGCUACCAAAAGCCGCAAAAGCGACACCAUCGCUGAGGCAGGACUCGAAGAUCACCUCAUGAAGUUUCCAUUCAAAAUUAAAGGGCCGAAAAAGAUAGAGCUUGUUUCAAAAAUGCCUGGUGAUCCAAUUUGGAUCGAAGAAGUGAUGCAUGCCCGACUGGUUGUCGCCGGCAAAUUAGAAACUCCCUCGAAAUGGCUAAAGAUGCUAAUGGGAUACCUGAUCCAGGGGACGGCCGACUACAAAGGCGAUGGGAUUCGGCUGCUGUAUGAGAAGCGGAUGCAGUUCAUCGCCGACAACGCGCAUAAUCCCAACAGCCAGCCGGGGAUUAAGGCACUUCUCGGGGAAUCAUUCAUCGUCGCGGUUGAGGCGUAUUUUUCGGCUGUACACAUGACAGCCCGAGGGAAAGGACUGCAGCCAGGCAUGGUGACGGCGGCUUUCAAUGCCUGGAAGGACUAUCACGUCAGAACGUAUGCUAAAAAGCACGGCCUUCCUUGGUGAUUUCCGUAUUAAACGCGACUUCGUUUCCUCCGUCGACUACGGUGUUUCUCAGAAACUGGUAAUUUCUUUUGUUUUAUUGAAUAUUCAUUGUUGGUUGUUGCGCGCGCUAUCGCUUGACAAAGGGCAAUGCGAUUCCGCUUUUGGUAUUAUAGUGGUGGCUAUCGAAUUGAC